CGUCCGCCCCCAACGGCUCACAGCGGUAGGAGGAGAGAGGCAUCGGAGAGAGAGGUCCGCUGCCCGCUCUUGCCCUGUUCUUCUGUUCAAGAGCUCGCCGGAAGCACCUCGCCGGAGCCCGGAGAGAACGGAGCUGGAACAGCAAAUCCCCAUGGGGUCCAGGCAAGACCAGCACGCGGCUGCCGCUCCGCAGCCGGCCAACAGAGGUGCCGCAGUACCGGCAGGGCAGCAGAAGGACGCCGCCGCCGCCGGCGGCCGCCCCGGGGCGGGAGGGAACAGGCGGGUGCUCGGGGACAUCGGCAACGUCGUCCACGCCCACGCCCACGUCCUCGACGGCAAGAUCAAUCGCCCAAUUACCAGGAGCUUCGGUGCCCAGCUCUUGAGGAAGGCCCAGGCCGAUCCAUCUAAGAACGGCGUAGCUGUUCCUCCAGCAGAGCGGGCCGGCCUGAAGCCGGUGGCCAAGAAAGUCCCUGUCAAGCUCAAGCCCGCCGCCCCUCGCCCUAAGCCGGCCGCCAAGAUCGUCACCGGCCCCGGCGAAAACAGGAAGCCAUCAGAGGUUGCCGCCGGUUGCUCUGCCCCCAGGAAGAAGGUCGUCCACACCCUCACGACCGUGCUCAACCAUCGUUCCAAGGAGGCCUCAAUCGAUGAUAUCGACAAGCUCGACGGCGACAACGAGCUCGCCGUCGUCGACUACAUCGACGACAUCUACAGAUACUACAAGGAGGCACAGCACGAGUGCCGGCCAAUCGAUUACAUGGGCAGCCAGCCCGAGAUCAACCCCAAGAUGAGGGCAAUCCUGAUAGAUUGGCUAGUUGAAGUGACCCAUAAGUUCGAGCUCAUGCCCGAGAGCAUGUUCUUAACAAUGUACGUCAUCGACAGGUUCCUCUCCUUACAGGCGGUGCCUCGGCGGGAGCUGCAGCUCGUCGGCAUGGCGGCCAUGCUCAUCUCCUGCAAGUAUGAGGAGAUUUGGGCCCCAGAGGUAGACGAUUUCAUAUCCAUAGCCGACUACUCGUACUCGAGGCAGCAGAUCCUGUCCAUGGAGAAGAACAUACUCAACAGCAUGGCGUGGAACCUCACCGUGCCCACCCCGUACGUCUUCCUGGUGCGAUUCGCCAAGGCCGCCGGAAGCGACAAGGAGCUUGAGCAUAUGAUCUUCUUCUUCGCCGAGAUGGCGCUCAUGGAGUACGGGCUGGUCACGGUGCGCCCCUCACUGGUGGCGGCGUUUGCCGUGUACGCCGCUCGGUGCACGCUGAAAAGAAGCCCCAUCUGGACGGAAACCCUCAAGCACCACACCGGAUUCGCUGAACCCCAGCUCCUGGAGCCUGCCAAGGUGCUCGUCAUGGCGCACGCGGCUGCUCCGGAGUGCAAGCUCAAGGCCAUCUACAAGAAGUACUCCUCUGAGCAGUAUGGGCGCGUGUCUCUGCGCCCUCCGGCAGUCGCAGCUCCUCAACGUCUGGCCUAGUUUGCUUUAGGAUUUGCUGUGCUCGGCUUUCGAUCUUGAAAGCUUGGUUUACUUACUGUUACUGUGUGUUCUGCUACUAUCUGAUCUGAUACACCAGGGUGUAAACAACAACUAUAUUUGUUUAGCGAUUUGCUUGGCUUUCGAAUCAAGAGAGCUGGGUUUACUUACUGCAUGUUCUGCUAUUUGAUACGAAUACAAUUCAUUCUAGUUUGAAUCGAAUUCAGAGCCA